AGACGGUAGGUCGCUUAGCCGCUACUCUCAGCCAUAAGAAGCUCUUAGUUGUGGUUCUUAAAGGAGAGCCAGUGUUAAAACUUUUCGCACAAGCAAAAGAUUUUUUCAAUCGUGUGAAAUUGGUGAUAGUGUGUGAGUUCAACUGGUUAUUCGCAUAUUGUUGAUUCCUUCACUUUUUUUUUCCUGUUUCGUGAAUAUACAUACAUACAUAAUUUUUCCGAUUUAGCAUAUUUGAUUUGACUGUAUAUUAAAGACUAUCUAUACUGUGCCGUCCUUAUCAACCCGAAAAGACAAUCUUUUUCGGUCGAUUUAUACAUAUUGUCUAGAGUGAUCGAGCAAGUUGUAUAUUGUCUCGCAUAUGUGAACGAAUACACAUAUGUAUAUAUGCUUUAUUUUUAAUUUUAUUUUCUUGUUGCUGGUGAUCGAAUAAAAAGUUUUAAAUAAAAGUGUCGAGACACAUUCGAAAUUGUGCUUAGUUUUUCAUCAUCCACUGGGGUAUUAGGACGUGGCUACAAGAGACUGUUGGAAAUAAAAAGUGAAUAAUUGCGAAUUUAUUCUAUUCUUUACUCGACUAAAGAUACGAAAAAAAAGUGUGGCUAGUGCAAGUUGUGAAUGAAUAUUGUGCAAUAUAUACUUGUGAAAUAUUUCAACUAAAUAGGAAAAGGAGUAAAGUGAUCGAUUCAAGAAAAAAGUGAAAAGUGUGCAAUACUGUGAAGAGGUUGCUUAGUAAUUUUUAUAUAUUCUGCAAAGUGCUGAUACACCCAGUUUAAACCAUCAGGAUGGUUCUUGGAACCAAGGAAAUUUGCCGUCGUGUCAUCCGAAACCAGCACAAACUUCGUCAUUAUAUUCAACAGCAAAUUCGGUUAUGCAGCACCACUUCAUUACGCACUCAAGAAGCACAAAAGCAAGAGGAUGAUGAACAACCUGGAUUUACCACCAUCCGCCCGGACUUUUCAACUGUAGCACCAAAACCUAUUGAACAUGAUCCGGACAUCGGGCGGUUGUUUAAAGCAUCAGAACUAAGCGUCAGACUAGCAUCACCCACCCAACUUCAGCCAAAACCAGAUGUAGAUGAUUUAGCCUUUGGAAAAUAUUUCACGGAUCACAUGAUGAAGGCAUUCUAUCACAAAAGCUUGGGCGGCUGGCAAAAACCGGAAAUCACACCACUAGAAAGUUUAGUUUUACACCCUGCAGCUAAAGUGCUACACUAUGCCGUUGAGCUCUUUGAAGGAAUGAAGGCAUACCGAGGAGUUGAUGGUAGAAUUAGAAUAUUCCGUCCAGAAAUGAAUAUGCAUCGAAUGAAUGUUUCUGCAAAACGUUCGGGACUGCCAACAUUUGAUGGUGUAGAAUUCACAAAAUGUUUGAGUCGGUUAGUCUCAAUUGAUCAAGAAUGGGUUCCUCACACAGAAGCUGCUAGUUUAUAUUUACGGCCAACUUUAAUCGGCAUCGAUCCAACAUUGGGUGUGGCAUCAUCCGAUUCAGCGUUAUUGUAUACAAUUCUUUGUCCUGUAGGAGAAUAUUUCAAACCAGGUUCAUCAGGAGCGGUAUCGUUACUAGCUGAUCCUAGAUACACAAGAGCGUGGCCAGGUGGUGUGGGUGAUCGCAAAAUGGGUUCAAACUAUGCACCAACUAUUCACGUACAGAAAGAGGCUGCAUCCAAAGGACUACAGCAAGUAUUAUGGCUUUAUGGUGAAGAUCAUCAGCUAACAGAAGUCGGAACAAUGAAUAUAUUCAUGUUCUACAUUAAUGAUAAUGGAGAAAAAGAACUUAUCACUCCCCCACUAAAUGGACUUAUCCUUCCUGGAAUCACACGAGACUCAAUCUUAAGUUUAGCACGACAAUGGGGACGGUUUAAAGUCAAUGAGGCGUCAUUCACCAUGCCUCAAGUCUGCCAAUUAAUCAAAGAGGAAAGACUUUUGGAACUUUUCGGUACUGGUACAGCUUGUGUAGUCAGUCCAAUUGAAAGGAUUCACUACUUAGGAGAAGAUAUCCUCAUUCCUACAAUGGAGCAAUCUAAACCAGUCUUCGAUGAAGUCAAGAAAGCCUUAACAGAUAUUCAAUAUGGAAAAGUGGAUCAUCCAUGGGCUAUGAUUAUUGACUGAUACCGCAAAUCAACAAAACCUAGCAUUUAAUUUACUUUCUUUUUAAAGUAAAAUACAAUAGUUUGUAUAUAAUAUUCCACCACAGUGUGAUAAAUAUUUUGUUGAGGCUGAAAUGUUAGUCAAUGGAGCCAUAGCCCAUAUUAAAUAGUUUCAAAUUGUAUGUGAACAAUAUCUUUUCAAAUAUCAACCUUUUAGAUGGCAAAGGAAUUACUUUACUCAAACAGUAGGUAUUGAAUCUAAGUUUCGAACCAGUUUCCAGAUAGAUUUUUUCAAAAUCAAUAUCACAGAUAGUGUCAACCGUAGCUUCUGAAACGCCUACUAUGUGCAUGAGAAUAACAGACAAAAUAAACUUCAACAAAACCGAAUACUUAUUACACUGUCACCUAAUAUUUCUCGUGAUUUUAUAUGAUAUUUGCAUUUUGAUAUACUCGUACUACUUAUUUGAGCCCUUUCAAAACAAUUUACUUUUAGUUCCUCCUACAUUUUUUAUAAAUUUAUAAUCAUUUUCCCUAUAUUUCACUUUCCUUCAUUCUCUAGUCUAAAAAAUAUGUGCAUGAAAAUGUGUAAGAUGUCUCUUUUCUUUUAAUUUAUUGUGUAUAUUUUUUUUUUAAACUGAUAGAUGUGACUCUAUUUAUUUUCAUCCAAUUCUAUUUUUCGUAAGAAUGAAAUAGACUUUUAUCUGAUAUUUUAUUUCCUUGCCGUCUCAGAAUAUUAGCAAGUUGCACUUGAAAGUAGUAGAUUAAAUGAAAACUAUACAAUUUAAAAAAUUGUAAUGGCAAAUCCUCUAUAUAAGCCUUUUUGCAUUUUUUUUGAACAUUAUAUAAUUUCCGAAUUAUUCUAAAAUCUAUUUAGAAUGAAUCCUGUCCUCCAUAAAAUUUAUGGAUAUUCUUUGUAAUAAAAACAAAGUAGAUCGUGAUAAGACCCUAAUAAGUAAACGAAACUAUGGAUGUAUUUAUAAAAUACGUUAUUCAUAUUAUUGUUCCUCUCAUUGUGUUCGAGUCAGUGAUGAAAAUGUAGUUAUUUUCUCGAUCCAGGAAGAGUGUCGUACAUUGGUGCAUUUCUAAAUUUUUAAGUCCCUAGUGUUCUCUUUUAAUUUGUACAGAUCUUUUAAAAUACAAUGAGACAUUAUAAAAAAAAAUUGAAAAAAAAAAAAACUCAUACAAAGCUAUGAUAUGCUGUGACGUUUACUUUUUGUACAUUUUCUUAAAAUGAAAUGUAUACGACCGAAUUAAUAAGUGUAAGUCUUUUUCUAUAAUACCUUACAAUGUAAAAAUAUAUUUUUGAAUAAAUCAGAAUCCGAUAUAAUUAA